AUGGAUCUUCCAGAAUUGAUUUUGGUGAACAUCUUCGCGCGAUUUCCUCUCAAGAGCAUCGCGAGAUUCCGAUUGUUGAGCAGAGCAUGGAAAUCGAUAAUCGAUUCCGAUUUCUUCAGAGAUCACUACCUCUCCUCCUCCUCCUCCGUCUCCUGGUCGAUCAUCCAAACCAGACCACACAAACUCUCCCUGGAAAUCGUCGGCCACCACGGAUGCUCCAUUUGGGGACUCGAUCGCUCUCCGGCGUCCUUCAUGAGCUUCUUCGCCGAGACCGCAAUCAAAAAGCUACUCGUCUUAUCAUGCACCGACGGAUUAGUAACAGUUUUCGCCGAGAACAUCGACGGAUCUCCGCUGUACUACAUCGGAAACCUUUUAUCGCGAGAAUGGUUCGAAAUCCCUCUCCCUUCUUCCUCCUCCGUCUCUUCUCAGAAUCUCCACUCGUUACGGAAGAGAAACCGUUUCGACGACACCGGAUUGGUCACGGAGAUCAAAAACGGCGUCGUCGUGAGCUACAAAAUCGUGUGGACGCUGAAGCCAGAUUCGUCCUCCGAUAAACUCUUUCUGAUGAUUUACUCUUCCGAUUCAGGGAAUUGGGAAUUGAAAGAGAAUGUGUCUUCUUCUCUAAAACAACACUCGGCGGCAGUAAUCGGAAAAUCGAUUCCUCUCAACGGGACUCUUCACUGGCUCUCGCAAGACACUACAACAAGCUGUAUUGUAGCUUACGAUUUCUAUAAUGGUGACGAUGAUGGGUUUCGUGUUGUGCAUUUUCCUGGGAAAGGCGACGAGCUACGGCGAUUCACGAGGAGCUUCACGACAUCGGAAGGGCACAUAGUGUAUUUCAACGAGUUCAACGAGAAGGAAAACCGGAUCUUUCGGGUUUGGAGGCUGGUUAACUACGGAGAGAACGGUUCUUGGGAGCUGGUUUGGGAGAUAAACUUGUUCUUGUCAUUGAUUGAUUUAGGUAGAGAUUAUUUCCCAAUGGUGAUGCAUCCGUUGAGAGGUGAGAUCAUUUACUUGUGGAGUAGGGACAAGAAAGGGCUCGUCUUGUUUAACCUGAGGACGCUUGUGUUUAGGCUUCACAAGGAGUUUGAGGAUGAUGAGAGGAACAAGUGUAUGGAUGGUUGCGUUUUGAGUUUCAAUGGGUGUAGAGAGUAUUUGAAGGCGAUUUAUGGAUACCAUCUGCAAAUGUAUCAAGCUUUUCCUAAUUGUCUCUUGUUCUCGCAGUUUGUUCUUCCUCGUUGGCUUCACCGUCUCCCUCGUCCUCUAGGUGCUGCUUAG